AUGAACAAACAAUUUCAAGAGAAGAACUUCAGGAGUUACUCGCCUUUAAGCAAGAAUGGGAACAAGACAAGCAGCGAAAGCUUGACCUCUUCCAUCCCCUCCCCGAAGAAAUCUUGGAAGAUUUGGAGCUACCUAAAGCCAAUCUUAGGAAACUCUGCAACACAUUCGAUUGUACGAGAACCAACUACAACAAUGAAUGGACGCACGGAACAGUCAUCAAUCGCCAGUACAUUGGAGAAUGUAACAAGACCAAUGUAUCUGCAACAUCUGCAAUCCAAGGACACUACAAGGAUUCAGAAAAGUUAUGCACGAUGGCAAGUGCCUCUUCUGAGUUAUUUGAAGAAAUCUAGACGAUCAUCGACGAUCUGGAUGAAGACUCCACGGCCUAUGAGCACUGGAAGACCAUUGGCAAACGAGCCCACUGACAGGCUGUGUACAGCUUCAGUUCAGCCCAAGCAAUUGAUGAUGAAGCACGUAUCUGGCUCGAAAAGGCUAUCGGAGUUUCUAAACACCUUCGAUAUGCCAACAAAGACAAAGACAAGAAGCUGGUCAUUACUGCCCAGCUAUCAAUCGACAUCAAGAAGUCCAAGUUCGAACAAGCAGUUCUUACCUGAGCAGCAGGGGACCCAGGAAAUUCCCAACGCUUUCAAAACUUGGGCUUUUCCAAGCAUGGAAGGGGAAAUGGAGGUGGACAAAGACGAGGUCGUGGUACCUUCCAGUCAAAACCCCGACUACCCCACAACCAACCAGCAUCUGAGACACCAGCGCGCCCCAGGCCAGUGGAUGUCUUCAACAUUUCCAACACACUUGGGAGAAGAUGACAAAGCAGACUUGGCCACGGGUGGUAGUCCAGGAGGAAUACUGAAUUCCAUUCAAACAGGUCCCAAUUCCUUGGAGAACUCCACAGCACGAGAUAUCACAACAAGCAACAUUGGAUUUAGACAAGGCGGUCCAGAAAUUUCUGUUGACCCAGAUGAUAGAGGAGUCGCCUGA